AUGAGGGGUGGAGCUCUCGGUGGUGUUGGGGGGCGGCUAUUGGUGAGAGAAGAAGGGGUUGGUUGUAUUGGUGGAGGUGAUGAGCGGCUGGAGAGGGGAGGAGGGGGUGGGAGUCCGCUGUCGGUGAAAGAAAUGGAGAGCCCGGAGUUUAGCCCGAACCCGGAAGUGAAUCAGCUUCCAGAAGCCGCCUCUUUGCCGGACGGGUUUGUCGAAUCCUCCUCUGCGGCGCCACUGGAGAAGGAGGCGGUGGAUGAUUAUAAGGAGGAGAAAUUACUUGAGGCCGGUUGGAAGCCUGAAGUUGUGGUUGAAGAUGGCGGUUCGUCUCUGGUAAAAUUAGUGGACGAUCAGAGUCAAUUUGCGGUUGCAUCAGUUGCUGGAGCUGCUUCUGCUGAAGGAAAUGUUAAAGACAAAUCUGUUGGAUGCACAGAGUCGCAAAAGGUAGUGUUGGAGGAGAUUUCUGCAACAGGAACUGCUGAAAACAACAAAAAAGAUUCUUCUGAAGUGAAGCGUAAAAAUGUAAAACGUACCUUCAAAUCAGAGAAGGAAUUUUUGGAGUUCACUCUGAAGUAUCAACAAGUCAUUGCUGAAAGAGAUUCGGCUGUUGCCGUUAGAGAUAAACUUGAAUCAUUGUGUCGGGUGCUGCAAGGACAAAAUAAAGAGUUAAUGGAAGAAUGCAAGCGAGUUUCCAGGGAGGGUCAAAAUUUGAGAUUAGACCUGUCAGACAAGUUUCAAGAUGCAAUUAAGGAAGUAAGCAAAAAGCUGGAGGAGCAGAAGGAUGAAAGUAUAUCUCAGCUAAAAGAGAACGAAAUGUUGAAGACCAAGUUAAAACAGCUUGUCGAUCAGUACACUCUGUCCGAGCAGCAACAUGCACAGCAGCUCAAACAGAAAACUCUUGAACUUCAGCUUUCUGAUUUAAAGCUCCAGCAACACGAAGAGAAGUUGAAGCAGGAAAAAUCUCAGAUGAAAUUGUAUGCUGAACAAGUGGCCCAACUCUUAGCAACUGAAAAGAACUUGAGGUUGCAGUUAACAGCUGACGGUGAAAAAUUCCAGCAAUUUCAGGAAGCAUUGUUGAAAAGCAAUGAGGUUUUUGAAACAUUCAAACAAGAAAUCGAGAAGAUGGCGAAAUCAAUAAAAGAACUCAAAAAGGAAAACAACUUAUUGAAGGGCAAAUGUGAGAAAACUGAUGUGACCAUUAUUGAACUCGCCAAUGAGAGAAGCAGGGAAGCAUGCACUAGCCUCAACCCCGGCCACCACAUGAGCGAUGGACAGUGCCGAAAGGUAACGACCUCACCGUCGAGUAAGCACAACCCAUCUCGAAACCCCGCCAAGCCACCCGGAACAAAGGGCGAAGACGGAGGGACUGAUCUCACCAUCUCACCCACCACCCGAGUCCGACUAACGAAGACGGAGACGGGGCCGAAAUUUGCGAACUAUCCCCAAACCACCGGAACCGCGACCUAA